GUUCUUCAAAAUUUGGUAAAAUGCCUCGAAAAUGUUUUGUGGAUAACUGUGAUCGGAGUCAAUCGAGCGGAAAAUUUACCUUCCACGCAGUUCCCGGGAAAACCGUGGAUAACCAUACGAACAAUUUGAGCCUCAAACGACGAAAACUGUGGCUUGAUGCUUUGAAGAAAAAAGACGAUUUCAAAGUUAAAAAAUUUGUUUGUGGCAGGCACUUCGUCGGCGGUAAGAUGAUAUUUUUGAUUAAAUACUAAUCAGAUUAUAGAUUUUCAUAUAUUUGUAGGAAAACCUUCUGCACUUUUGGACGUGGAUAAUGUAGAUUGGGUUCCGACGAUCGAUUUAGAAUUGACGCGCAAGGAUGAACUUCCCGAUGAUGAUUCUUCCGACAGCUUGGACGAGCCUGUUCGCGCCUCCAACGGUUCGACUGCCAGGCUGCAACCGGAUGGUUCUGUUGCACGAACAACCGGUCACCGGCCUUCAACAAACGGAGCGGUUAAUUCAACUCACGACCGUUCACGGUCCAUAAGCGAACACUCCGACAUGUCUACAAGGGCCGGAUCCGGAAACAUGGAGUGCGGAGCCGAUAAUUCGACCCACGGCCGGUCGCGGUCCAACAGCGAACACUCCGACAUGUCCUCCAAGGCUGGUUCCGAAGACAUGGAUACUGGAACCGAUCAUUCGUCCCACAGCCGUUCACGGUCGAUCAGCGAACGCUCUGACUUUUCCUCCAGGGCCGGUUCUGAUCACAAUUAUUCCUCUAGCGAUGAUAUGGAUUCUGAUGACAUCAGGGCUGAUUUGAAUAUGGAUCGUUCUGAUUUGCCAGAAAAUUUCACCUCGUUACCUACAGACCAGCAACAGUCAAACCCAUCUAUAUUGGCAUCCAAACAUCAAGAAGAUGAGGCUGUUGCAUCAUCUUCGCGUAAGGGAAAUUGCAACGUACAGGAAGGAGGUGUCUGCUAUCCCGCAAAAACUUUCCAGCAGUACUAUGAUGAAAUUAUUCGCUUGCAAACAAAAAACGAUGAGUUGGAGGCUGAGGUCCAAAAGUGUAGAAGAGGUCUGAAAUUUGUCGAAGACGACCGAAAAUGUUUAUUCUAUACCGGGAUCAGCAGUUAUGAAACCUUUUUUAAACUAUUUAAAUUUUUAGAACCUAGUCUAGAUCAGCCUGUCUGUAAUUUGUCAAAAGACCAGCUACUUGUUUUAACCCUAACGAGAUUACGAUUGAACACAUCGCUCUCAUCAUUGGCCUAUGACUACAACUCUAGCUUAACAACAAUUUCAAAAUAUUUCCACAGAACCCUCUAUCAAAUCCACGAAAGCCUCAAGUGGGCAAAUCUUCCCACAAAACCUGAAAUUGCUAUUCGACAUUUGCCACAAAAUUUUCAGUCCAAGUUUGGAAACAAACGAAUAUUUAUUGUUGACUGCUUUGAAAUUUUUUGCCAGAAUCCCUCUGAUUUAAAAGCGGCAACUUCUCUUUAUAGCAAUUAUAAAAAACACGAGACGGUUAAAUAUAUGAUUGCGAUCGAUCCAUUGCGAUCCAUGUGA